UAAAAGAUUAACAGAUAAUGUGAUGUUGCCGCGAAGAUUUUCGUAAUUUCAAAUUAGUUACAUUUGCGUUCGCGAUUGUGAGGUCAGGCCCCUAAUUGGAUAGUUCUUCAAGUUCUUUCUGAGAUGGACCAAAAAUUUAACAAAAAUAAAGCUGGUGUUCGACACCUACAAUGCAUUUUACUUUUCGUGGGAAAUGCCGUCGCUUUCAGUUUGCGUGUAAAUCUCUCGGUGGCAAUUGUGGCCAUGACUGAUAAAAAGAAUGUGAACCCAAACUUUGAGGAAUUCGAUUGGGACGAAAAAGUGAAGUCGUAUAUUCUGGGGAGUUUCUUCUGGGGUUACGUUGUUACGCAAAUACCAGGGGGCUACGUAUCGCAACGCUUUGGGGCCAAGUGGCCUUUGUUCUUUGGAUUACUUAUUUGUUCUGUUUCUACAAUUUUAACUCCGUGGUGCAGCUCCUUUGGAGGCUGGAAAUUAAUGUUUGCUUCACGACUUCUACAGGGACUUUGUCAAGGGACACUCUUUCCAUCAUGCCACGUAAUAUUGUCAAAUUGGUGCCCCCCGCAACAACGAGGAGUUUUGGCGUCAUUUGCAUACUCAGGGUCCUCUCUCGGGACAGUCAUAAUGUUAGCUACUAGCGGCAUUAUUGCGUCAUCUAUAGGAUGGCCAAGCAUUUUCUACUUUCCUGGAAUAGCAGGAUUAGUUUGGUCUGUUGCAUGGUUUUUCCUAGGUUCCAGUAGUCCAGCUAAGUGCAAGUUAGUUUCUGCUGAAGAAAAGCAGUACAUUGAAACGUCUCUAGGGAAAUCGCAAGAGAAAACGAAGGAAAAGUUAUCAACACCUUGGAGCAAAGUGCUGAAAUGUACCCCGUUCUGGGCGUUGGUUUUGGUCAACUCUACCACCGAUUGGGGCUAUUGGACCUUGUUGACUCAGAUCCCUAGUUACAUGAAAGGAGUCCUCAGAAUGGACAUAGCAAAGAACGCAUUACUUUCAUCUGUUCCUUAUUGCUCUAUGUGCAUUAUGGGAUGGGUAUUUAUUGCAUCUGCCAAAGUUUUGAGGAAGAGAGGGCAUCUAUCAACCGAAAUGGAGCGUAAACUGUUCAACACGAUUGGAACCUGUGUACCUAUGAUAAGCCUCAUAGGAUUAGGAUUCGUCACAUCAAACGCCACUCUGGCAGUUGCCUUGCUUGUAAUAGCAUGUGGAUUCAAUUCAGCAGUUUUUCUCGGCUUCCAACUGAAUCAUAUGGACUUAGCGUCGAAUUUUGCUGGAACGCUAAUAGGCGUUACUAAUUGUAUUGCCAAUUUCACGGGAGUUUUGGCUCCGCUGACUGUAGGGUUUGUCGUGACAAAUGAACAUGAUCCAGCGCAGUGGCGAACCGUUUUCUUCAUUACAUCCGUAAUUUACUUCAUUGGAAAUUUGGGAUUUGUAAUAUUUGGGACUACGAAAGAACAGGCCUGGAAUAAUCCGAAAUCCGAAAAAGACGAGCUUGCUACCGCUGAAGAGCUGCAACCCAUCAAAUCUGAACAUAAUUCGGAUCAGGAUCUGGAAAAAUCAAAAAUAGAGGACUCAUAGAUAGAUAACUCGAUUGAGGUGAAUGAAGACUGAUACAAAAUUCUAUCUAUCUAUACCACGUUUUAGUGGAGAAUGUAUCCAAUAAAAUGUAAACCUUUCAUGGU